CCAACAAUGAAGCCGCUGGUCACGCUGAUGCUCAUCUGCUUGCUUUUGUCUGAAGCUUUUCAGGCUUCGGCAGCGCUCAAGUGUCACACCUGUGCCAGCUUAGUGUGUACAACUUCGCAGUGUAUUUUUGGUGAAGAUCACUGCUAUACUGUGCCAGCUUCAGUACUUGGCUUUACGCUGAGUGGGAAAGGAUGUGCAACCAAGAACCUGUGUGAAGGGGCAGAAGUCACUGGGAUGCUAACCUGCUGUGACACUGAUCUGUGUAACAGUGCUGAACAGGUUAAGCUGAGUCUCCUCAUCAUGCUGGUUCCUCUGAUCUCCUCCAUCCUCCUCAUCUGAACUCUCUGCUGCUCCUCUCAGUGAUGUAUCUCUUAGUGGAGGAACAGAAAUAUUACAGGAAUACUGUUUGGAACAAUUAUGUAAUUUUCCUGUUUUUCUUGCUCUGUCAAUAUGUGUGAUGAAUGAUGGUUAGAUUGUAACAGCAUUUUCUUUAUCAAUAAACAGUGGUAAGAGGGGUGUAGUGUAGUUUUAUAUUGUAUUAGAACCAAAGAAAUGAAGAGACAUCACUCUAAGUUCAUCAUAAAGCUUCAUUAAUGCACUCAACUCUCUCUUCUUUCACUUAUUAAUUUAAUGACAAAUGAAAG